UGGCACAUAUGGUUCCCACAUGAUGUCACAAUUUAUAGAAACAAGUUGACACAAUUGGUAUAUUGAUUUGUGGGAUGCUGAGCAUCUUUCAAUCUUCAUGUGUUACAGUAACAAGAAGCUACGGACUGCCCCCAACUAUUUCAUCAUGAACCAAGCAGUCAGUGACUUCCUCAUGGCAAUUACACAGUCACCCAUCUUCUUCGUGAACUCCCUUUACCAAGGGUGGAUUUUUGGUGAAACAGGCUGUAAAAUGUACGCCUUCUGUGGAGCUUUGUUUGGACUCACUUCCAUGAUAAACCUUCUGGCCAUCUCUCUAGAUCGCUACAUUGUCAUCACCAAGCCUCUGCAGGCCAUACGGUGGACCUCCAAGAGACGCACUUGCCUCGUUAUUGCUCUGGUCUGGCUGUACUCACUAGCCUGGAGCCUUGCACCCCUUUUAGGGUGGAGUUCAUACAUACCGGAGGGCCUGAUGACCUCAUGCACAUGGGACUACAUGACAUCUACUCCUGCAAAUAAAAGUUAUACUUUGAUGCUAUGCUGCUUUGCAUUCUUCAUCCCUCUGGGCAUUAUAUCCUAUUGUUAUCUGUGCAUGUUCCUGGCAAUCCGCCAUGCAAGCAGAGAUGUGGAGAAGUUUGGGAAUCAGCUGAGGAAGUCAACUCUUAUCCAGCAGCAGUCCAUCAAGACUGAAUGGAAGCUGGCCAAGAUUGCCUUUGUGGUCAUCAUAGUGUAUGUGCUUUCCUGGUCGCCCUAUACAUGUGUCACCCUCAUCGCCUGGGCUGGAUAUGGAAGAAUCCUCAGUCCCUAUUCCAAAGCUGUCCCUGCUGUUAUAGCCAAGGCAUCAACCAUUUACAACCCUAUUAUCUAUGCCAUCAUUCACUCUAAAUACAGGGACACCAUGGCAGAAAAGGUUCCCUGUCUGCACUUCCUAGCCCAGGUCUCACGGAGGAAGUGCAUAUCAGGCAGCGAAUCUUCCAUCAGGGAGUUGGGGCUGAGCAGACAGUCAUCAGUCUUCAAAACCAAGUUUCACAGAGUUUCUUCCAUGUCUACGACAGACACACAGGUUUGGAGUGAUGUGGAGCUGGACUCUAUCAACCAGAGCCAAUGUGUGAGGUCCAGCUAUUCCCUCGGGUCUCUGAGGGACAAAGAGCACAAGUCAUUAGCUAAGCAGGCCAUAGGAAAGGGAAGCCAAAGCCAGGAACAGAUCCACAUGCCAGAGCGAGGAUCACUGAACAGAUGUGACCACACCCCAUCACCUGAGUCUGUCAGCACAGUCAUGCCAUGGGCAUUGGGGAAGAGAAGGGAGGAGAAUCCUAACAGUUGGAAUAAAGAGAACACACAGGAAGAUGAGGAAAAAGAGGGUGAACAUGAACAGAGAGAGGGACAGCAAGUUCAGAAGGAGAAAGAAGUGAAGGAGCCUAAGGACCUCAUCCAGCCAGACUCUCUGGACAAUACUGUAUGUGUGCACUCCCAAGCGAUCAUCAGACCCAACUUAAACCAUGACUAUUGUGAGGAAAAACAAACCACACAGAGCAGACAGAGAGAACUGUUGCUCAAUAUACAGCCUCUUGCCAGUUCUGCUCAAGGAUUUGAGUCUGUGCAAAGAUUUCUAAGCUAAAUGCUGGAUAUGUUUAUUUGUCUAUGUGGCUAUGUGUGACUGUGACACAGCAAGUAAACAAGUUUUUUUUCUUUGUUCAAGAAUGCUGAGGUAAUCUUUUGAAGCAGCUGUCGAAACUUUUAUCUCAACUGUUUGGCAAUGCACUGCAACCAAGUACAUUUGUUUAUAGGUGUUUGUGCCAUAUAGGUUAAGGUUUAUAUACACAACUGCUCUAAUAAUCCUGGCACACACCUCUCAUGUUAACACUUGUUGUUAACAUGCAUAAUAAUGCUACCCCAAUUGUUUUUGGUUUAGAGGCACAUGCUCGGUAUGACACUGUCACAGUGAAACAAUUACAAACGGAACCUUAACUUAAAAUGACCGUUAAAGUUCAAAAUAAAUAAAAUAAAUAAAUAAAACAUUAUGCACUUUUUUGCCUUUAAUAAUAGGAAGGCAAUGAAAGGGGGAGAGAGAGAGGGAAGACAUGCAGGAAAUCAUCCGAGGUCAGACUUGAACCCUGGACCUUCUGCAUCAAGGCAUAAACCUCUUAGUAUAUGUGUUCCCACUCUACCCACUGAGCUAACCUGUUGUCAAGCUAGCCAAUAAACAACAUUAUACCAAGAACAACUAAUGAAAGACCAUCCAUAUUUAUUAUCAAUUUGCAGAGAGAGCAAAGUUUGACUCUAUUUGGAGUGUUUCUUGUUUAUUUCUGUGAGAAAGCAUAUUUUUGUACAUUUGUUUAUUUUGUAACUAAGGCUAUCUAUUGCUCAUUUAAAUAAGCAAUGAGAAAAUGUGGUAACUAUUUCUUUCAUUAUUUCUCUAUAAUGCACCAUAAGCAAGUUCAUUAAGUACAUAACACAUGUAUGUAUCAUUGCACAACUCAUUAUCAUAAUACGCCAUAUACCAUUGUUUAUCAGGUUUUGAAAGUUGCUGACAUUAUGUGCUGUAUCAUGAGUUCAGGCACCAUAGUAAUUAAGCGUUAUGCAACCCAAAACUUUAAUUCACUGCAGUUGCUAACCAAAGUAAGUCAUAGUGCAUUUCAGCUACCAGAUGUGGUAGGUCAUGAAGACACUUGACACUCUGAUUUAUCUAUUUAUCAUCCGUUCAUCCUUUUUUUACAAGAAAAAAGGCAGCAUGUUCUCAGGAAAUGAAUUGGCACAGCAGCAAUCACUAAAAUGUUGUACCUUUUCCUUAUUUGAAUACUCAGUAUUUGUUGCUAUUGGUGCUACUGUUAAAUCUUAAACUAAAGACGUUAUUGUGUAUUUGUUGUGGAAAUAAACUUUUCAUAUAGCUCUCAA